CCCUCCCUUAUCCACCUCAACAUCAAAAUCAAUCGUCUCCCACUUUCGGUGCCAAACCCAACCACCUCCAUCAUCUCCCUGCACCCCCGAGCCCACGCUUCCCCUGUCCCGCAGCACCAGUACCAGCACCACCGGCUAGCCAUGGACGGCAAGGACUACACCACACCGCCCACCGCUUCCGCGCCACAGGCCGAGGCCGGGGCGCCGCCGCACUCCUACCCCCCGACGCAGCACGCCAUGGACGGCAAGGACGCCACCGCGCCGCAGCCGGGACCGCAGGUCUCCUAUCCCUCGAUGGAACACGCCAUCGACGGUCUGGACGCCACCGCGCCACAGCCGGGAGCGCCGCCGCAUCCGUCUUCCCCCCUGACGCAGCAGGCCAUGGAGAUGGAGGGCAAGUACGCCGCCCCACAACCGGGCUUGGGAGCGCCGCCGCCUUCGUCCUCCCCCCUGGCGCAGCAGGCCACGGAAGGCAAGGACGCUGCCCCGACACCGCCCGCUGAGUCGGCGAGGUGGGGCACGCGGCAGAUGGGCCCGCCGGCGGCGCCGGGGGCGCACCCCGAGAACCAGCAGGCAGCGCAGUGGACGGCCUCGCGCGGCGACCAGGAGCUGCCGCCGUACGUCAUCAUGGGGGGACCGGAGCCGGCGGCGGCGGCGUCGGCGCGGCGGACGGACAAGGAGACCAAGGACAGCCCCAUGGAGCACAUCCUCGACUUCUUCAACGUCUGGAGCCGCAAGGCCGAGGAGCUCUCCUCCAACAUCUGGCUCAACCUCAAGACGGCGCCGUCCAUGUCGGACGCGGCGAUGGGGAAGCUGAGCCUGGGCGCCAAGGCCAUCACGGGGGGCGGCUUCGAGAAGCUGUACAAGCAGACCUUCGCCUCCGGCCCCGACGAGCACGUAAAGAAGACGUUCGCCUGCUACCUGUCCACGGCCACGGGCCCCGUCGCCGGCACGCUCUACCUCACCAACAUGAACGUGGCCUUCUGCAGCGACCGCCCGCUCUCCUUCACCGCGCCGUCGGGCCAGACCGCCUGGAGCUACUACAAGAUCAUGAUCCCGCUGGCCAAGCUCGCCGCCGUCGAGCCCGUCACGGCCAAGGAGAGCCCGCCGGAGAAGUACAUCCACAUCGUCACCGUCGACUCGCACGACUUCUGGUUCAUGGGCUUCGUCAGCUACGACAAGGCCGUGCACCACCUGGGCGGGGCCGUCUCCUCGUCGCAGCACCACGGCGCCGCUCCCGCCGCGGCGCCGGCGCCGGCACCCACCUACGAGUGAUUGGCUGAUUGCCGCCGUGUUCCAUGUUCGUGGCUCUCUGCUUUUCAUUGCCGUGUGUGUGCGCUCUGUUUUUCGGGCGGAUCUGUUUAGUGAGUGCUCUGGUGUGUAGUGGAUUUUCGUGUGGUUAUGUGCUGUUGUCUAUACGCUUGUGUUCUUCGGAGUUGGACAAUGUAUUUGAAAUUUGAGCAUGUUUGCUAGUUAUCCAUUC